AUGUCUUCCUCAAGCAGUUCGUUGCUGCAGAAUCUUGUAGCUAACGUGCGGGAUGGCAACUUCAGCUCGUCAACGGUGUGGUACACAGCGGUUUUGGCGGCGGCUGUGGCCUUGUCCCUGCUGAACAGGCUGCUGAGUCCCCGCAUUGACCCACGCGAACCACCCGUUGUGAAACCUACAGUUCCGUGGAUUGGACACAUCAUCGGCGUCAUUCGCCAUCAGGCAGAUUACGGCAGGAUACUGCACGAUGCGAACCCCAAUCUCCAGCUCGCGACGCUGCCCAUGCUCAAUGGCAAGCUCUACGUCGUCUUCGACCCCAAUCUCCUGCAGACGCUCCUCCGCAACAAAACCGCCUCGUUCGAACCCUUUGCCAUCGACUACGCCCAAAAGACCUUUGACCUGACCCCUAAGACCUUUGCGAAAGUCAAGGUCCCUGGUGUCUACGAUGAGUUCACCGACGCUAUCCACGCGAGCUUCCAGACUGCUAGUCUGCACCAGAUGAACGUUGAGUUCCUGGGCUGCAUCUCUGCUAAGCUGGAUCCUAUGAGCAAUGGGACAAUGCGCGCGAAUACGACGAGCCAUGGGAGGGAGCAAUUCGUGAAUGGGACACUGCAGGUGGAGAAUCUGUAUCUUUGGUGUCGCGAUGUGAUGAGCCUUGCUACCACAAAGGCUCUCUAUGGCGACCGCGAUCCCUUCGGCGGCAACCCAUCGCUCAUCGAGGACAUGUGGCUCUUCGAAGAAUCCGUCCCGUACUUCCUCCUGUCCCUCUUCCCCUCCGUUACCAUGCCGAAAGCCUUCAAAGCGCGCUCAACCCUGCAAGCAAUCGUGUGCGACUGGUACGCGGCGAACCACGACGUCAACGACCCGACAGUCUCCGCCCUCGUGCGCAACCGCGCCGCCUCCCUCCGCAAGAACGGCCUCACCGGUUACGAGAUCGGAAAAUUCGAGGUCAUCCUUCCCAACGUCGCGACGCUCAACGCCGUGCCUACCUUCUACUGGCUUCUCCUCUACAUCCUCGACCGACCCGAUCUGCUCGCGCGGAUCCGCGCCGAAGCCGAAGCUGCAGCGGUGGUGUCAUGGGACAAUGGCAGGCGGGCGGUUAGUUUCAACAUUGCAGACUUCGAUGCGAAGCUCCCCCUGCUUGUAAGCUGCUAUCGCGAGACAAUGCGCCUCGUGAACCAAUCCGUCAGCAUGCGCCGCAUCCUCGAAGACAUAACCCUCGCGACCCCGGAAGGAAACACAUAUAUCCUCAAAAAAGGCACAGAUAUCCAGCUGCCCGCCGGCGUGGCGCACUACGAGCAGAGUGUCUGGGGCGACGACGUCAAGACCUUCGACCCGGCGCGCUUCCUCGCGUCCUCCAAGGGAAGCCCCGACGAGGAGCGAAGACGCAAAGCAGCGUACAUACCCUUCGGCGGCGGCCGUCACCUGUGUCCCGGCCGCAACUUUGCCUUUGCAGAGAUUGUCGGUUUCGCGGCUUCUCUGCUCCUCGGCUUCGAAAUUGAGGCUGUUGGGAUGGGCUUUGGGGAUGUUAAGAAACUCGGACCGCAGCUUGCGGGCGGGACGGUGCGGCCUGAGAAGUACGGCGCUGGACUGGGUGGGAGGAUAAGUAGACGGGUGGGAUGGGAGGAUGUAGAGUGGAAGUUUGAGUGCUGA